CCGUGAUCCCCGUCCCUUUGCGCUGUGAGCCUCAGCUGAAUGCACACUGUUGCCGGCUUUGCUUGAUUCCGCCAGUCUCAAACCAGCCACGUUGAACCCCCAAACCCCCUAAUCCUCGCCCUGAAGCAGAGCUUUGUGAGCUCUCACAACCACCCCUCAUGGCUAACGACGAGUAUGAUUUUCUCUUCAAAGUGGUGCUGAUCGGAGACUCGGGUGUUGGAAAAUCCAACCUGUUGAGUCGAUUCACCCGCAAUGAAUUCAACCUCGAUUCCAAGUCCACCAUCGGUGUUGAAUUCGCAACCCGAUCGAUCCAGGUCGAUUCCAAGACGAUCAAGGCCCAGAUUUGGGAUACUGCUGGUCAGGAACGCUAUCGCGCCAUCACGUCUGCUUACUACCGUGGCGCCGUGGGCGCACUUCUCGUCUACGACAUCAGCAAGCACCAGACCUAUGAUAAUGUCAACCGGUGGCUGAAAGAACUUCGCGACCACGCUGACUCCAACAUUGUCAUCAUGCUGGUCGGAAACAAGAGUGAUUUGAGACAUCUGCGGGCUGUGCCGACGGAAGAAGCGAAGCAGUUUGCCAGCGAGAACAACCUUUCGUUUAUCGAGACUUCUGCCCUCGAUGCUAGCAACGUUGAACUUGCCUUCCAGAACAUUCUCACAGAAAUCUACCGUAUCGUGUCCAGCAAAGCCAUCGACGGCGGUGACUCGGGCCAGGCUGCCCUUGGCGAGCGUCGCCCAGUGGUGGAGAUCAGCAAGUCGCAGGAUCCCGAGGCGAAGCAGGGUUGCUGCUAAAUCGAAAACGAAAAACGAAAUAAGAAAACAAAAACACGAUGUUUGCUGUUAGAGGGGACGGCCAUGCCAACCGCAACGACUUUUUAUAUUUGUGAUGUUAUAAUCGAACGGUCUUGAUCUUUCUUACUCGUCUGUUGCUUAGCCUCCACGGAGAUGAUACACAAGAGGGACGUUGUUGGGAAAACGGCAUACAGGGAUAUUGAAUGGCGAUGCUUUUGGACAUCGUCAUCCCGGAUACAUUUUUCGUCUAUUUCUUUUUUCUCCU